AUGACCCUUUCAUUAACGUUACGCAAACAAGUAAAGAAAGGCCAAGAGUACUUUAUGGCACAGAAAUUGCAUAAAGAAGUUAUAUUUCUUUUGAGUUUUGAAUGCAAUUUCGUGUUCUGCUUGAGUUUUUGCAAAUUCAAUACUAGGGCCCUAGAUAAGACAACGAAAAAAUUAGAAACAAAACGGAACGACUAUCAUGACAAAAGAAAAAUUGUACAAGAACAGUGGAAAGAUUUAGCACAAAAAGAAGCAAUUUGUAAAAGAAAUCAAGAGAAAAAAGAGAGGGCAGCAAUAAAAAUCGUCGAACAAAAUCAAUUAAAAGAAAAAAGGCAAAUUCAGAUAGAAGAACUGAUGGAGAAAUGCAAGGAAAUUUCAGAUACAAAGUUAAAAAUGGACAAGAAUAUUGCCAAAUAUCAAAUUUAUGAAGAAUUUUUACUGAAAGUAAUCGAAAAAGAGGAAUCUAUGCAAACUAUUAACGACUUAUUAAUGAGAUACGAAGCUUUAGUUGCAGCAAAAAAGGAACUAAAUGACGUUCAACAGCGUGACAUUAUGAAAUUGGAAAAGGCUAAAAGCAGUUUGAAUCACCUCAUAGAGAAGUAUUCAGUCAAAGUAGCAACAUUGAAUAAUCGUAUCGAUUGUUCAAAACAAAGAUACGAACACGCUCAACACGAAUCCGCCAAGUGGGAAAAAGUUUUUCAAAAUAUACAGAGUGAAACUACUGAAAUUCUAUUGGAUGUGGUUACCAUUAAAGAUACGUGUAGACGAAUGUACAUGGAAAUAUGUCGUAGAAAGAACCUUAAGACGUGUUAUACGAAUAAAGUUGAAAAACAAUUGUUAAUUAUUAAACAAACAAUUGGAGAGUUCGAGAUUAUUAACAGGAAAAUUAAAGACAUUGAAGAAUUGAGAAUGAAAUUAAUUGAAGAGAAAAAUUUCGUAAUAAUGGGCCUGAAUAAUCAAAUAGCAAAAUUACAGGCCCGAUACGAGAAUACCAAUAUAAAAGCAUUAGAAUCUGAAGAACUAGUUACUGAAAUCAAGAAUAAUGCAGUCAAACAAAUGGAGAAAUCGACACAGUGA